CUCUAAACACACCCGUAGUAGACAGUCUAUGAAAUACAUGGAAAUACGCGGACCAUGAGAGUACAGUGGGCGAGCUAGCUACACCACAGAGGUAAGGUUUUAAAUGUAUUGUAAGAGAACGUUUCAGUAUAUUGCGGUCAUUCCAAUGAAAUGGGUGCGUUUUGCGUCCCUUUUAUAUUUUAAGUAGAAAUUGUGCACCAAUAUUUAAUUUUAAAAACCUCUUAUAUUAAAUUAAGUGCCCUUUAAAUAUAUACCACAUAGAGAAUUCAGUGUGUCUGAUUUUGUUAUGUGAAUAAAGACUUGCUAAAGUGCCAAUAUUCUGCAUUUUGACAUAACCCUUGUUACAGAGGUGCACCUCUGUGACUUCUAGGAAGAUUUUAACCCCAAAAUGUCUCCCAAGUUUUUACCAUAAUUGUAAAGUUAUUUUUAAUGCUUUGACAAAUUCAUUUCUGAACAUUAUUUAAUGUGAUUCAUUUAUGUUUGUCUCUCAUUUUAAGGUCAACCCUGUUUUGUGAACUGAACUCUCAUCUUAAUAUGGUGAAACUUCCUUUUUAAAUAUUUGUUUCAAAAGAAACAUUGAACAUCUAAUAGUCAAAUCAUAGUGUAAAAGCAGGUGAGCUGGUUCUACUCUUUGUGGCCAUUUGCUGGUGUCUUUGUGGCCAUUUGCUGUUUUUUUUGUGAUGGGGAAACUAAGCGAUUCUAGCAUAACAUGUAAAAGCUGUUAUGCAUAGACAGGCUGGAAAUGAUAACCUAACUUAUUACCAAACUUUGCAUCUGCACUGUAUUUCAAGUAAAUGUGUUUUCGUAAAUUUCUGUGGAAAUUGUUAAAAGUCAUCCUUGUGCGUAGAGUUGUAUGGUUUGUUUAACUUUAAUCAUUGGUGUUUGUUUGGCAUACAUUUUAAAGUGAAAAUUCUGAGUCUCAGCAUCACUCUGUUACCUUGGAAUAGCCCCCUCUUACUUUACUGGGCACUUAAUAGGCACAUAGUAUUUUCGUUAUUAGAACACUUGAGACUUUUUUUUAAUGAAGUUGCACAUGUGGUCUUUAUGAUAGAAUGGUAAAACUAGGUGAAAUCAAGUUGUUGUUUCCAUUUUUUUCAUCUCCCCCUACCUCUCCGCACCCCUCCCUGUCGAAUCCGAUAGCGGGAGCGCAGCCCACAGUUUUGGAACCAUAGGUCUAAGUGUUCAUGGGAUAACAGGUUCUUUUUCACAACUAUUUUAAAGAUGUCAAGUGGCCUAAUAUUAUUCAAGAAAGUGAAGCUAUUGCAUUUUACAACACAGCCCUUUCCAUUUUAGGCAAAACUUUUGUUUAUUUCAAAAGCAGAUGCUGGGUUCUUGAUAAUUUAUGUACGGCAACCAUUGAGUCAAAGGAAAGGCCUGUGUGUAAUGGGCAUGGCUGAUCCCUUGAUGAUGGAAUGAUGCCCUGCAUUUUGCCUUCAAAAUUCUAAGUUUAGGUAACUGAUCCUAUAUCUGCAUUUCAGAGGCAGAUUUCAACACUGGCUUAACCCAAAUUCAUAGAUGUGUGUUAUCUUUCCUAGGAGACAGAAUGUAAGAUGAGACUCCUAUAAACCACUCAAGAAGCGUGUUCAGACCGUAAGUUAAAAUCUUUUGGAUGAUGGCACAGACAGAGGGGUUAUUUGGAACUAUCCUUGUUCAUGAGUGACUUACCCUGGUUCUGGAGAGCUUUGAACUUUGACCCCAGUCCAAUGCCGCUCUACUCUGCCCAAUGCAGACUAUGAUGUGUGAGUCCUCCCUGAUGCGAUGCCUGCAGCUGUGUGUGUCCUUACUGAUGGUGGUCAGACUGCAGUGUGAGUGGACAUAGCACUAGACAUAUUGAUACAUUUGUCUUUUUAUUAGGAAGUUCACAAAUGUUGUGGCAAUGCACAUGUUUCCACCAACCAAUAUGUUGUAUACAGUGCUAGACAUUUACAUGCCACAAGUGCAUGAGUUGUUUGACUGAUCUGUGAUCCUUGUUGACCACUCCCCUAUCCGUGUCCCAGGCAAGGUAACGGCCCCUGAGCGCGUGGAGGCCCCAGUGGAGCUCCCCUUCACUCUGUCCUGCAUGGUGUCUAAGGGGCGUGGGGACAGCCUGAAACAGGUGCGCUGGCUGGAUGUCCAGAACAAGACCCUGUUGACCUACGAGCCCAGCCAGAAGGACAGCGUGAGUGGCCAGCAGCAUGUAGAGCUGGCCGCCUCCCCCAAGGAUACCUCAGCCAUCACCAUCCGCAGGGUGGGCUUCAGAGACGAGGGCUGCUACACAUGCAUUUUUGACCUGUACCCCUCGGGAUCGCAGGAGGGACACACCUGCCUCACUGUCACAUGUAAGUAGAGGAGACCGUUCAGAUUUACUCUGUGCCAUUGCGGUGUCACUCUUUGAUAGUAGUCGAAGUGUCACACCUGAGUACAUGAGCAUGUACCAAACAUUGUUGAAUCAUUUUCACUUUCCUGUGUGUCUCUUUCCUUCCCUCCCCUCUCCUGAAUUGGUGAUAUUAGAGGAGUUAAUAUGGCAACUGAGAGAUGAAGGAAGGGGACAGAGGUUUUCUGUAUUCAGAUCCAGUGGCUGGAGGCAUUAACGGGAGAAACCCAAUUUGAGAAAGAAAAAAGAGAGGAACAGAAAGAAAGGGCUGGACUGAAAAUGUUCUGGUCAGCAGCAUGGGCACUCCGAUAAAGUUUUCUGAAUAAAAAUGUCUACUCUAUUUUCUGCCCAUCCUUUUGUUUGGUGCCCUAUGUUGUUCUCAGUGGACUCUCAGUGCAUGCUACCUUUCUGGAGACCACAAAAUAGAAUCACACACCUUUCCCUAUUCACUCCUCUUUUGUUAAACCUCUAUACCAGGGUUCCCAAACUGGCGGGUGAUUUUAUUUAUUUUAUUGUUAGACAUAAAAGACUAAAAACACCAAGUGUUUUUAAUUUUGGAAAUCUGUUCCAAAGUAUUACCAUGCAUAACAGAGAUACAGUUGAAGUCGGAAGUUUACAUACGCUUAGGUUGGAGUCAUUAAAACUAGUUUUUCAACCACUCCACAAAUUACUUGUUAACAAACUAUAGUUUUGGCAAGUCGGUUAGGACAUCUACUUUCUGCAUGACACAAGUAAUUUUUCCAACAAUUGUUUACAGACAGAUUAUUUCACUUAUAAUUCACUGUAUCACAAUUCCAAUGGGUCAGAAGUUGACUGUGCCUUCAAACAGCUUGGAAAAUUCCAGAAAAUGAUGUCAUGGCUUUAGAAGGUUCUGAUAGGCUAAUUGACAUCAUUUGAGUCAAUUGGAGGUGUACCUGUGGAUGUAUUUCAAGGCCUACCUUCAAACUCAGUGCCUCUUUGCUUGACAUCAUGGGAAAAUCAAAAGAAAUCAGCCAAGACCUCAGAAAAAAAAAUGUAGACCUCCACAAGUCUGGUUCAUCCAUGGGAGCAAUUUCCAAACGCCUGAAGGUACCCCGUUCAUCUGUACAAACAAUAGUACGCAAGUAUAAACACCAUGGGACCACGCAGCUGUCAUACCGCUCAGGAAGGAGACACGUGCUGUCUCCUAGAGAUGAACAUACUUUGGUGCGAAAAGUGCAAAUCAAUCCCAGAACAACAGCAAAGGACCUUGUGAAGAUGCUGGAGGAAACGGGUACAAAAUUAUCUAUAUCCACAGUACAACGAGUCCUAUAUCGACAUAACCUGAAAGGCCGCUCAGCAAGGAAGAAGCCACUGCUCCAAAACCACCAUAUAAAAGCCAGACUACGGUUUGCAACUGCACAUGGGGACAAAGAUCGUACUUUUUGGAGAAAUGUCCUCUGGUCUGAUGAAACAAAAAUAGAACUGUUUGGCCAUAAUGACCAUCGUUAUGUUUGGAGGAAAAAGGGGGUACUUGCAAGCCGAAGAACACCAUCCCAACCGUGAAGCACGGAGGUGGCAGCAUCAUGCUGUGGCGGUGCUUUGCUGCAGGAGAGACUGGUGCACUUCACAAAAUAGAUGGCAUCAUGAGGAAGGAAAAUGAUGUGGAUAUAUUGAAGCAACAUCUCAAGACAUCAGUCAGGAAGUUAAAGCUUGGUCGCAAAUGGGUCUUCCAAAUGGACAAUGACCCCAAGCAUACUUCCAAAGUUGUGGCAAAAUGGCUUAAGGACAACAAAGUCAAGGUAUUGGAGUGGCCAUCACAAAGCCCUGACCUCUAUCCUAUCGAAAAUUUGUGGGCAGAACUGAAAAUGUGUGUGCGAGCAAGGAGGCCUACAAACCUGACUCAGUUACACCAGCUCUGUCUGGAGGAAUGGGCCAAAAUUCACCCAACUUAUUGUGGGAAGCUUGUGGAAGGCUACCUGAAACGUUUGACCCAAGUUAAACAAUUUAAAGGCAAUGCUACCAAACACUAAUUGAGUGCAUGUAAACUUCUGACCCACUGGGAAUGUGAUGAAAGAAAUAAAAGCUGAAAUAAAUCAUUCUCUCUACUAUUAUUCUGACAUUUCACAUUCUUAAAAUAAAGUGGUGAUCCUAACUGACCUAAAACAGGGAAUUUUUACAAGGAUUAAAUGUCAGGAAUUGUGAAAAACUGAGUUUAAAUGUAUUUGGCUAAGGUGUAUGUAAACUUCCGACUUCAACUGUAUAUGUGAUCGUAUACAAAUGUAAGCAAGGUUUUAAACUAUUGUUUUAGUGAAAUAUUAUAUAUGUUUGGGCUUCUUGCGGUCAAUUUUCAGUCUACUAAAUAUUUGUAAUUAUGUUUCGACCCGUGACCACCCUCUCAAGAAAAUAAUUGUCCUGAGGCUGAAUCUACACUGAACAAAAAUACACACGCAACAAAUUCAAAAGACUUUACUGAGUUAGAGUUCAUAUAAGGAAAUCUGUCAGUUGAAAUAUAUUAAUUAGGUCCUAAUCUGUGGAUUUCACAUGACUGGGAAUACAGAUAUGCAUCUGUUGGACACAGAUACCUUAAAAAAGGUAUGGGUGUGGAUCAGAAAACCAGUCAGUAUCUGGUGUGACCAUCAUUUGCUUCUCACAUCUCCUUCACAUAGAGUUGAUCAAGCUGUUGAUUGUGUCCUGUGGCAUAUUGUCGAUCCAGAGCAUCCCAAACAUGCUCAAUGGGUGAUAUGUCUGAGUUUGCAGGCCAUGGAAGAACUGGGACAUUUUCAGCUUCCAGGAAUUGUGUACAGAUCAUUUGCAACAUGGGUCCGUGCAUUAUCAUGCUGAAACAUGGGGUAAUGGUGGCGGGUGAAUGGCAUGACAAUGGGCCUUAGGAUCUCAUCAUGGUAUCUCAAAUCAUCAAAUUGCCAUCGAUAAAAUGCAAUUGUGUUCACUGUCCGUAGCUUAUGCCUGCCCAUACCAUAACCCCACCGCCACCAUGGGGACUCUGUUCACAAUGUUGACAUCAGUAAACCGCUCACCCACACGACACCAUACACACUGUCUGACAUCUGCCCGAUAUAGUUGAAACCGGGAUUCAUCCGUGAAGAGCACACUUCUCCAGCGUGCCAGUGGCCAUCGAAGGUGAGCAUUUGUCAAGACCCUGGCGAGGACGACGAGCAUGCAGAUGAGCUCCCCUGAGAUGGUUUCUGACAGUUUGUGCUGAAAUUCUUCGGUUUUGCAAAGCCACAGUUUCAUCAGCUGUCCGGGUGGCUGGUCUCAGACGAUCCCGCAGGUGAAGAAGCCGGAUGAGGAGGUCAUGGGCUGGCAUGGUUACACGUGGUUUGCGGUUUUGAGGCCGGUUGGCUGUACUGACAAAUUCUCUAAAACAACGUUGGAGGCGGCUUAUGGUAGAGAAAUGAACAUUCAAUUCUCUGGCAACAGCUUUGGUGGACAUUCCUGCAUUCAGCAUGCCAAUUGCACACUCCCUCAAUACUUGAGACAUCUGUGGCAUUUUGUUGUGUAACAUCUGCACAUUUUAGUGGCCUUUUAUUGUCCCCAGCACAAGGUGCACCUGUGUAAUGAUCAUGCUGUUUAAUCAUCUUCUUGUUAUGCCACACCUGUGAGGUGGAUGGUUUAUCUUGGCAAAGGAGAAAUGCUCACUAACAGGGAUGAAAACAAAUUUGAGAGAAAUAAGCUUUUGAUGCAUUUGGGACAUUUCUGCUAUCUUUUAUUUCAGCUCAUGAAACAUGGGACCAACACUUUACAUGUUGCGUUUAUAUUUUUUUCAGUGUAGUUGAUGAUCCCUGUUCUAUACUAUAGAGAUUUUCUCUGAUGGAUGUAUAGAGAUGUCAUGACUCCCAUCCCCAUAUGUUUUUGUUUUAUGUUCUGAUAUCAGCAUGUUAAAUUGAAGCUGUGGGAGCAUACUCAUGUGUUAUUGAUGGGUCCUGUGUGGUUACUGACCGCUGGCUGAGGAGGGGAGGGGAGGGGAUGCUCAUAUUGACAAUCAGAAACAGCUGUUGCAGACAGAAAGCUAGAUGCACAGAUUGUAUACCAUAGUUUGUGUGUGUACUCUGCCUGCCUGUCUCUCUGUCUCUGUCUGUGUCUGUGUUUCUACUCUUUUCAGCCUGUGUUAGCAUAUUCUUUCCCCUCUCCUACAGCACGUGUGACUGCAGAGGGUAACAAGACAGCGGUGAGUGGUAAGGCAGCAUCCCUGUCUUGCUCCUAUGGGCUGCCAGAGAAGGUACAACAGGUGCUGUGGAGACAUACAGCAGAGCAGCGGGACUCAAGCGAAGUAGCCUCCUAUGCUAAACGCAGCGACCCCAUGAUCGAGCCGCCCUACCAGGAGAGGGCCUGGCUGACCCCCUCCCUCUCCCACAGCAAGCUGUCCAUCAGACCGGUCAGCGUCCAGGAUGAGGGCUGCUACACCUGCGAGUACCACACCUACCCAGAGGGCACCAAGAGCGCUACCGUCUGCCUCACUAUCUUUGGUAGGAAGGGUUACUCUACAUAUUCCUUCCUCACUGUCUUUGAUAGGGUUAUAAGUUAAACAUCCUCCUCACUGUCUAUAGUAAUGAGUGUCAUCUAUAGUAAUGAUGAUUGAUUAUAAUGCCAGCAUACCCACCUUCAGGUGCUUGUGUUUUACACUGUGCUGUGUGUGUGUAACUCACAGUAGGGUGUGAGCCUGAGUAGUGCAUGAUGUUUGAAUCCCCAGCAUGACAGUUAAUAUGAUACAGACCUGACUGUGCUGAACGAACCAGACUGGUGAAUGCUCUCUUUCACUCCAUAGAGAAGAGUUAUUACUCCUCUGGUACAGUAAUAUACAGUGCAGACCCUAAGGUGAGGAAUAAUAUUAUAUGCUGUUAUUGUGUUUGGCUGAUGGUGGUCAAUGUAUUCUGAAAUAUUAGGUUACAGCAGUGGGACGUUUUUGUUUGCUUCUGCAUAGUUUCAUCUAGUGAAGAGGGGGAGAUAAUUUGACGUUUGUGUGGGUGUGAAAGUGUGUGUAUGUGUGUUUGUGCGUGCAUGCAUGCGCUCUGACCUCUGUGUCCACUGGCAGCAUUGACAGUCUUAAAUGAUGGAAAUUGUAGUAGUGACAAUGAAAGAGGCAGUAUAACAAUAUGCAGCUCCUCCUGGUUUGACUACUGCUGCUACAGUAUGCUAUAGCACAGAGGUUCUCCCUGAACAGCAAUAUAUUACAUGUGGGCUGGGACUGGGCAGGUCAGGAGUCCUGCACCUGCAGUCAGCUCUAAAGGGAUCGAGGUGGAAAGGAGUGUCUCUACAUAUUGUGCUUUUCCUGACAUGGUUAUGGCUGAGAUGGAGAGGUACAGUCUGUAGGGCUGUGUAAUUAAUGGAUGUUGCUGGUAAGGGCUCUUCAGGAAUGAGGUUCAGGUGGGAUUACUUCCAGGUGGAUUAUCUCCCUGAUUUACUGUAAAAUGCAUGAGACUCAUGCGCACGCACACACGCAUGCAUGCAAAUACAGUACACACACACAUCGUUCAUUUCAAAUCUGUGUCAAAUCAAUGUUUGAUUAUCAUUAGUUUUCCGGCUGUUUGAAGUUGUGGUGUUUGUGUGAUUAAGUGAAACACAAACCCAGGCUGGUGGUGUGUCUGCCUGAGGUAGCACGGCCAGAGAGUUUACAUUGGCACUGAAGAAUGGAUCUAUUAAAGGGAGAGGGGGGAGGAAAGUGUGACACCCAAAGUCAUGACUGUAUUACUGUUUCACGCAGACAGUGCUCCCUACUGUCUCAUCAACCCACCCUCUCUCGUGCUUUCUCUUUCUAACUCUCUUUCCUUCUUCUCUCAUUCUCGCUCUCCCUCGCUCUCUCCGUCUUUUCCCUGUCAGUCAAACAGCAAGGCUUUUGUCUCAAAUGGAACUGACUACGAUUCCAGCAGAAAAGCGUGAGAGAUGCCGGAGAUAGCAUUUUUCUCGCGCUUUCUUCACCACUGCCAUCUCACUCUCUCACUUUCUCUCUCACACUCUCUCUACUUCUACUUCUGUCUCUCUACUUCUAUCGCUCUCUGUCUCUGUCUCUGUCUCUGUCUCUCUCUCUGGCUCUCUCUCUCUCUCUCUCUCUCUCUCUCUCUCUCUCUCUCUCUCUCUCUCUCUCUCUCUCUCUCUCUCUCUCUCUCUCUCUCUCUCUCUCUCUCUCUCAUUAAUGUACUGUAUGAUAUCACAGUGCAAGUUCCUCCAUGGUUUGCCCCACCUCUACCACAGAUCUUCUCCAGAUUGGUGGUUCAUAUGGUUCACUGUAGAAACAACUGUGAAGACACUGCUGCUGUCAGGGCCAAAUAUCUGUCUCAAUUCCAAUGAAUAACAUUCCUUCCACAGCUCUGAGAACAAAACAUUUUAAACAGAGGCGAUGUGUUGUUUAUGGAGCUCAAGUACACAUGUACAGUGCAUUUGGAAAGUAUUUAGACCCCUUCACUUUUUCCACAUCUUGUUACGUUACAGCCUUAUUCGAAAAUGGAUUAAAUAAAUAAAAAAUCAAAAAAAUUCCCUCAGAAAUAACCUUAUUUCUAUAAGUAUUCAGAGCCUUUGCUAUGAUACUCGAAAUUGAGCUCCGGUGCAUCCUGUUUCCAUUGAGCAUCCUUGAGAUGUUUCUACAACUUGAUUGGAGUCCAGCUGUGGUAAGUUCAAUUGAUUGGACAUGAUUUGGAAAGGUACACACUUGUCUGUAUAAGGUCCUACAGUUGACAGUGCACGUCAGAGCAAAAACCAAGCCAUGAGGUCGAAGGAAUUGUCCGUAGAGCUCAGAGACAGGAUUGUGUGGAGGCACAGAUCUAGGGAAGGGUACCAAAAAAUGUCUGCAGCAUUGAAGGUCCCACAGAACACAGUGGCCUCCAUCAUUCUUGAAUGGAAGAAGUUUGGAACCACCAAGACUCUUCCUAGAGCUGGCCGCCCAGCCAAACUGAGCAACUGGGGGAGAAGGGCCUUGGUCAGGGAGGUGACCAAGAACCCAAUGGUCACUCUGACAGAGCUUCAGAGUUCCUCUAUGGAGAUGGGAGAACCUUCCAGUAGGACAACCAUCUCUGCAGCACUCCACCAAUCAGGCCUUUAUGGUAGAGUGGCCAGAUGGAAGCCACUCCUCAGUAAAAGGCACAUGACAGCCCUCUUGCAGUUUGCGAAAAGGCACCUUAAGGACUCUCAGACCAUGAGAAACAAGAUUCUCUGGUCUGAUGAAACCAAGAUAGAACUCUUUGGCCUGAAUGCCAAGCAUCACGCCUGGAGGAAACCUGGCACUAUCCCUACAGUGAAGCAUGCUGUGGCAGCAUCAUGCUGUGGGGAUGUUUUUCAGCGGCAUCCUAGUCAGGAUCGAGGGAAAGAUGAACAGAGUAAAGUACAGAGAGAUCCUUGAUUAAAACCUGCUCCAGAGCGCUCAGGACCUCAGACUGGGGCGAAGGUUCACCUUCCAACAGGACAAUAACCCUAAGCACACAGCCAAGACAAUGCAGGAGUGGCUUCGGGACAAGUCUCUGAAUGUCCUUGAGUGGCCCAGCCAGAGCCCGGACUUGAACCCGAUCAAACAUCUCUGGAGAGACCUGAAAAUAGCUGUGCAGUGACGCUCCCCAUCCAACCUGACAGAGCUUGAGAGGAUCUGCAGAGGAGAAUGGGAGAAACUCCCCAAAUACAGGUGUGCCAAGCUUGUAGCGUCAUACCCAAGAAGACUUGAGGCUGUAAUCGCUGCCAAAGGUGCUUCAACAAAGUACUGAGUAAAGGGUCUGAAUACUUAUGUAAAUGUCAUAUUUCAGUUUUUUAUUUUUAAACAUUUGCAAAAAUGUCUAAACCUGUUUUUGCUUUGUCAUUAUGGGGUAUUGUGUGUAGAUUGAUGAGGGUUUAUUUUUUUUGAAUGAGGCUGUAACGUAACAGAAUGUGGAAAACGUAAAGGGGUCUGAAUACUUUCCGAAUGCACUUUAUUCACAAGCUUGGUGUAUUCACACAUUGAUGUUAUCUGUGACAUUGAUUCUCUGCCCAAAUAAGUUUGGAUAAUUUGUACUCCCUCCUCUGUUUAUCUUUCUUAAGCCCACACUCAGUUAUUGAUGUCAGAAUCACAAAACUAGACACAUCUCAGUGGUUAACUUGGUGUAACCCACCUAAAGCUUUUAGAAUUUAUUUUGUGUUCCAAGUAAUCAAAAAUAGUCUAUAGCCAGGAACUAGUUGUAGUUACAGUAGGUCAACCCACCUGAAAAACACUGAUUCAGUAAACCCAAUAUUGAUUUUUGGUUGUAUCUGUGUCUUCCCCAGUACUGCCUAAACCCCAGGUGAGCUACAAGAACACGUCUCCAGGGGUCAUCGAGGCCAACUGUACAGCUGUGUCCCGGCCCCCGGCGGAGAUAGUGUGGAACGUGGAGAGGGACAACCGAACUAUGGGACCCCCUGUGACAUCACAGCUCCAGCAGGGGGACGGAACCACCCUGGUCAUCAGCACCCUCACCGUCCAAUCAGGGCUGCUGAAGGACGUGUCCGUCAAAUGCCUGGUCCACCAUAAGGGUCUGGAAUCACCCAUCGCUGUUUCUAUGAACACCAAGAGUGAGUGAGACACACAAACACACACAGAUACAGACACACACACACAUCUUGGCUCAGAGUUUACACUUGUUUUUAAAUUAGCUGCUUUUGGGAAAAGUAGCCUGACCAAACCAGACUAAAGCCAAGAAUACUGAUCCCUGAGGGAUGGGAUGAACAAUGUCUGCCAAACAAUAAUGACUGAUCCUAAACAGUGUGUAAGAGUUUAGAUCUGUUUUUGUUGAAGUCAUUGCCAAGCAGGUUUAGUUUACACCUCCAAAAUGAUUGUCUCCCUUGAUAAAGAUGAGCAAAAAAGACUGUAUGAAAUAAAUAAUACAAAUACUGAGCUAUAUUGCUUUCUCGUUUAACAAGUAAUAUUUGUUUUCUCAAAAAGAUAGGGGUCAAAAUGAUUGGCAUCCCUGUUUUCAAUACUUUGUGCAACUCCCCUUGUGAGGAUAAUGGCACUGAGCCUUUUUCUAUAAUGUUUUAUGAGAUUGGAGAACACAUUGGGAAGGAUCUUAGACCAUUCCUCCAUACAAAAUCUUUCCAAACCCUUGAAAUCCUUUGGUCUCCGCUGCCUGCCCUCUUCAAAUCAAACCACAGGUUUCCCAAGGAUUUAAGUCUCGAAACUGAGAUGUCCAUUGCAAAAUGUUGAUUUUGUGGUCAAAUAACAAUUUCUUUGUGGAUUUUGAUGUGUGCUUGGGGUCAUUGUCUUGCUGGAAGAUCCACUUGCGGCCAAGUUUUAGCUUCCUGGCAGAGGCAACCAGCCCAAUAAGAUAAACAAUCAUCACCAUAUUUUACUGUAGAUAUGAGGUUAUUUUCUGCAUAGGCAUCCUUUUCGAUGCCAAACCCACUGCUGGUGUACGUGGCCAAAAAACUAUAUUUUCAACUAAUCUGACCAUAGCACCCGGUUCUCAUCCUAGUGCCAAUGCUGUUUAGCAAACUCAAGGCGUUUACAUUCUUGGUUUCUCUCAAUUAAGCCUUUUUUUCUGACAACCCUUCCAAAAAACCUAUUGGCAUGGAGGUGGCGUCUAAUUGUAGAUUUGAAGACCCCAAGAUGCGACGAAGUUCUGUAAUUCUCAAUCUGUGGCCCUUGGAUUUCCUUUGCGUCCUGAACCAUCUUCCUCACUGUGCGUGGGGACAAGAUACUGUACAUAUGCGUCCUUUUCCAGCAAGUUUAUCACUGUUCCAGUGGUUUGAAACUUCUUAAUUAUUGCCCUAAUAAUGGUGAGUUGUAUAUUUAUUUAUAAAAAACUAUUUAUUUACCCAUUGUUGGAUUUAUGAAGGCCAGUUAACCUAGUUGUUAAGAGUGUCUGGCCAGUAAUCGAAAGAUUGCUGGUUAGAAUCCCCGAGCCGACUAGGUGAAGAAUCUGUUAAUGUGCCUUUGAGCAAGGCACUUAACCCUAAUUGCUCCUGUAAGUCAUUCUGGAUAAGAGCGUCUGCAAAAUUACUUAAAUGUAAUGUAAAUGUCUCUUCAUUUUUUAGUUCUUUGCCUUUCAUUUAACCAGACGCUCUUAUCCAGAGCGACUUACAGUUAGUGAGUGCAUACAUUUUCAUACUGGCCCCCCGUGGGAAUCGAACCCACAACCCUGGCGUUGCAAGCCCCAUGCUCUACCAACUGAGCUACAGGAGGCCCAUGGUAAGGGAUGACAAAGGGUUUUUACAUGAGUGUUAGCUCAUUUUUAUACCCCAGUUAAACGGGAAGCCAUGGAAGGCCACAAUUCUACAGUUCCUUAAACUGAGAUAAACUGAAAAAAAGUAGAAUGUUAAUGCAGAUUAGAUUUUGGUUGAUUUUAUUUAUACGUAUCUUUAGGGGUGCCGAUAAUCUUGACAAUUAUCUUUUUGAGAUUAGUUGUAUUACUUUAUUAAAAUAUUUUUCUCAAUUAAUUGUAUUAGUGUAAAAUAAUAUAAUUUCCCUUUUUUUGCAUACAAUAUAUACAAUAUACUGUAGCUCAGUAUUUGUUUUGUUUAUUUUAGUAUUUUUUGCUCCAUCUUUAUCAAUGGUACCAAUAGUUUUGGAGGUGACUGUACAUAAUGAAAUGAAAACUACGUUAAUCUGAAGCGGUUUAAACCAAUUAACAUUCUUUGUAGUUUUAUCAAGUUUGAUUUGUUGCCAGAUUUUGUCUCUCUCGAUCCUCUAUCUCUCUCACUGAAUCUCUGUCUCCCGAUCCUCUCGGUAUCUCAAUCGUCUCUCUCUCUCUCUCUCUCGAACCUCUCUCUCUUGAUUCAGUCUCUCUCUCGAUCCACUCUCACUGAAUCUCUCUCUCGAUCCUCUCUCCCUCGGCCCUCUCUCUCUCGGUCCUCUCUCUCUCUCUCGGUCCUCUCUCUCGAUCUUCUCUCUCUCGAUUCUCUCUCUUGAUCCUCUCUCUCUCGAUCCUCUCUCUCUCGAUCCUCUCUCUCUCGAUCCUCUCUCUCUCGAGCCUCUCUCUCUCAUCUCCUCUCUCGAUCCUCUCUCUCGAUCCUCUCUCUCUCUCUCUCCUCUCUGUCUCUCUCUCCUCUCUCUCGAUCCUCUCUCUCUCUCUCGAUCCUCUCUCCUCUCUCUCGAUCCUCUCUCUCUCAUCCUCUCUCUCUCGAUCCUCCUCUUCUCUCGAUCCUCUCUCUUCGACUCUCCUCUCAUCCUCUCUCUCUCUCUCCUUCUCUCUCUCAGAUCCUCCUCUCUCUCUCUCUUCUCUCUCUCCCUCUCUCUUCGAUCCUCUCUCUCUCGACUCUCCUCUCUCUCCUUCAAUCUCUCUCUCUCUGAAUUCCGCUCUCCUCUCGAUCCUACUCCCUCUCUCCUCAUCUCUCUCUCAUCUCUCUCUCUCUAGAUCCUCUCUCUCUAGUCCUCUCUCAUCAAUCCUCUCUCUCUCGAAUCCUCUCUCUCUGAUCCUCUCUCACUCAUCUUCUCUCUCUAUAUCCCUCAUUCUCGUCCUCUUCUCUCUCUUUCUCUAUCCUCUGCUUUCUCUCAAUCCUCUCAUGUCUGUCCUAGUCUGGACAGUCUCUUCCAUCCUGUCUCGUCACUGAGAUGCUCUCUGUCAUAAUCCUCUCUCUCCUCUUGAUUCUCCUGCGAAUGCAGAGAUCUUCGUUCUCAUUCCUCGCAUUCUGGAGUGUCCACUUCCUCUCAUAAGUUUCUAUUUACUUGCAGUCGGUUUCUCCUCCCUCGUUGUUUGUCUGUUGGGAAUGUUUGACUCAUUGAUCUCGGUGGCUAUGUUUUGGCUCUGCUGGUCAUAUUGUCCUGUUCUGCUCUGGAUAGUGUUUCUGCCAGGAACAUAGGUGUGUAUCCGUUGCAUCGCCGAUUGUCACAGGUGAGGUGUCUCUGUGACCCAUAGAGUCCUUUUUACUUGUGCCCGAUGAUGCAGGUAAAAUUUGCCUCCUGAUUCUGUAGAGAAGUUGACCUCAUUGAUGACUGGCUAGUUUUUGAGUUAGGCAUAGUGUUGUACCACCAUGACAUCAGUGGGAUAGGGUUUUUUGAUUUGAGUGUGUUUUGUGUGUGUUGGGAAUUGUGUAUGUGUGUUGUUGUGUGUGUUCUGUGGGUGUUUUGUUUGUUUCUUCAGUUUUGUUGUUUGGUGUGUUGAUCUGGCCCACCCCUCAUAUCAAAUAUCUGACUGUUUUGGAUAGAGGUUUAUUGUGCCAUGUGUUGUGGAUGGACACCCUCAUAGUACAACUAGUGUUGGAUGAGAGUCUUAUAUUUUAUUGUGUGUUUUGUGUAGUCUGGAACAUAAGUACAUACACUGUUUGGAUGAAGGUUAGGUGCCCAUUUUGUGUGUGUGUGUGGCCUUAGGUAACAUGUCCUAUAAAUUUGUGUAGUGCACACGGUUCUCAUCCUAGUGCCCAUGCUGUUAGCAAACUCAAGGCAGUUUACAAUUCGUGUUUCUCUCAAUAAGCCUUUUUCUGACAAACCCUUCCAAAAACCUGUUGGCAUGGAGGUGGCGUUCUAAUUGUAGAUUGAAGACCACAAGAUGGACGAAGCUCUGUAAUGAUCAAUCUGUGGCCCUUGGAUUUCCUUUGCCUCCUGAACCAUCUUCCCACUGGGGCGUUGGGACAAGAUACUGUACAUAUGCGUCCUUUCCAGCACGGUUAUCACUGUUCAGGGGUUGAAACUUCUUAGAUUAUUGCCCUAUAAUGGUGGUUGUAUAUUUAUUUAUAAAAAAACUAUUUAUUUACCCAUUGUGGGAUUUAUGAAGGCCAGUUAACUAGUUGUUAGAGUGUCUGGCCAGUAUCGAAAGAUUGCUGGUUAGAAUGCCCCAGCCGACUAGUGAGAAUUGUUUAAUGUGCUUUGAGCAAGGCACUUAAACCCUAAUUGAUACUGGAAGCAUUUGGAUAAGGAGCGUCUGCAAAAUUACAGUAAAUGGUAAUGUAAAUGUCUCUCUUCAUUUUUUAGUCUUUGCCCUUUCAUUUAACCAGACGCUCUAUCAGAGCGACUACAGUGAGUGAGUGACACUACAUUUUCAUACUGGCCCCCCGUGGAAUCGACCAACCCACAAACCCUGGCGUGCAAGGCCCCAUGCUCUACAAAAGAGCUACAGGAGGCCCCAUGGUAAGGGAUGACAAAGGGUUUUUACAUGAGUGUUAGCUCAUUUUAUACCCUAGUUAAACGGGAAGCCAUGGAAGGCCACAAUUCUACAGUUCCUUAAACUGAGAUAAACUGAAAAAAAGUAGAAUGUUAAUGCAGAUUAGAUUUUGGUUGAUUUUAUUUAUACGUAUCUUUAGGGGUGCCGAUAAUCUUGACAAUUAUCUUUUUGAGAUUAGUUGUAUUACUUUAUUAAAAUAUUUUUCUCAAUUAAUUGUAUUAGUGUAAAAUAAUAUAAUUUCCCUUUUUUUUGCAUACAAUAUAUACAAUAUACUGUAGCUCAGUAUUUGUUUUGUUUAUUUUAGUAUUUUUUGCGCCAUCUUUAUCAAUGGUACCAAUAGUUUUGGAGGUGACUGUACAUAAUGAAAUGAAAACUACGUUAAUCUGAAGCGGUUUUUAAACCAAUUAACAUUCUUUAUAGUUUUAUCAGUUUGAUUUGUUGCCAGAUUUUGUCUCUCUCGAUCCUCUAUCUCUCUCACUGAAUCUCUGUCUCCCGAUCCUCUCGGUAUCUCAAUCGUCUCUCUCUCUCUCUCUCUCUCUUGAUCCUCUCUCUCUUGAUUCAGUCUCUCUCUCGAUCCACUCUCACUGAAUCUCUCUCUCGAUCCUCUCUCUCUCGGCCCUCUCUCUCUCGGUCCUCUCUCUCUAUCUCGGGUCCUCUCUCUCGAUCUUCUCUCUCUCGAUUCCUCUCUUGAUCCUCUCUACUCAGAUCCUCUCUCUCUCGAUCCUCUCUCUCUCUAUCCUCUCUCUCUCUCGAUCCUCUCUCUCUCUCUCUGUCUCUCUCUGUCUCUCUCUCUCGAUCCUCUCUCUCUCGAUCCUCUCUCUCUCUCGAUCCUCUCUCUCUCAAUCCUCUCUCUCUCUCAACGCUCUCUCUCUCUCGAUCCUCUCUCUCGACUCUCCCUCGAUCCUCUCUCUCUCUCUCUAGAUCCUCUCUCUCUAGAUCCUCUCACUCAAUCGCUCUCUCUCCUCUCAAUCCUCUCUCUCUAGAUCCUCUCUCACUCAAUCUCUCUCUCUCGAAUCCGCUCUCUCUCGAUCCUCUCUCUCUCUCUUCAAUCCUCUCUUUCUCUCAAUCCUCUCUCGCUCUCUCAGUCCUCUCUCUCUCAAUCCUCUCUCACUCAAUCUCUCUCUCUCUCGAUCCUCUCUCUCUCUUGAUCCUCUCUCACUCAAUCUAUCUCUCUCUAUAUCCUCUCUAUAUCUCAUCUGUUUCUCUCUGUUUCUAUCUCUGCUCUCUCUCCCUCCCUCCCUCUAUUUCUGUCUAGUUGGGACAGCUUUGACCAUCCUGAUCUCGGUGACCACUGUAGCUGCUCUGCUGGUCAUAAGUCUCUGCUUCUGCCUCUGGAAGUGUUUCCUGCGCAAGGAAGACGGUGAGUGUAUCCCUCUCCAUCGACCGAUCUCAAUGGAGGUGUCCACUUCCCCCAUAAGAGUCCUAAUUUUAAACUUUGGCCCAGAGGAAAGCAGGAGAAAUUUCCUCCUCGGUUUCUGUAUGAGAAAUGUUCUGACCUCAUUGAUCUCGACUGGCUAUUUUUGAGCUCUCAGGCUAAUAGUUGUCACCACCAUGAUUCCAUGCAGCUGGGAUAGGGUUUUUCUCCAGGAAUCAUUCAGAGUGUGUUUCUGUGUGUGUCAUGGGAAUUGUGUAACUACAGUGUGUUUGUCCUGUGUGUGUCUCUUGUGUGAGACCUACAGUAUAUUGUUCCUGUUUCUUCAGUUUCCUGGUAUGUUCUGGCAUGUGUUAAAGAUUUCCUGACUGCCUCACCACCUUGACAUUCAUUUCAGAGGAAGUUGAUCUUGGAUGACCUGGUCUUUGCUGUUUGGAUGAGAGGUUUAUUGUGCCAUAGUGUGUGUGGAUGGGACCACCCUCAUAGUACAAUACUAGUGUUUGGAUGAGAGGUUUAUUGUGUGUGUGUGUGUGUGUGUGUGUGUGUGUGUGUGUGUGUGUGUGUGUGUGUGUGUGUGUGUGUGUGUGUGUGUGUGUGUGUGUGUGUGUGUGUGUGUGUGUGUGUGUGCUUGUGGAACCACCCUCAUAGUACAAUACUACUGUUUGGAUGAGAGGUUUAUGGUGCCACAGUGUGUGAGUGGUGUGUGUGUGGAAACACCCUCAUAGUACAAUAGAGGAUGGAUCUGAGGUCAUUAUCACAUUCAUUAAUUGUGUGUGUUUGAGCAGGUACAGUAGGCAUGGAUACACACUGGAAUAUAAUAGUGACCCAAUUUUGUGUGUGUGUGUGCCUUGGUCUCAGUGAGGAAAAAAAGGAAGUGUGAUACCGGGAGACAAAAGGGUUAUGGAAUUAUGCAUCCUUGGAAAUAUCGAACCUGUGGUUGGCAUUUGUAUGAUUUAUGAUGCUCUAAAGACAAAAGGACCGUUGUUUGCUAAAUAUAACCAGAAACCCUCAGGGACAAAGGUGCAUCCAUUCCUGGCUCCUGACUUAUGUGAGUUGGAGGAAUUGAACUCUCUAUCCAUGUCCCUAUGCUGACAGCUGUCUCCAGUCACUACAGAAGAAUGACAAACACGAAACAUUGCAGCUGGCCAGAUAGAGCUGUUUUCACUCAUCUGUUUUAGAUGCUAUAGUUCUUCUAAAUGGUACAGAGAACCAGUGGUGUAAAGUACUUUAGUAAAAAUAUUUUCAAGUACUACUUAAGCAGUUUUUUGGGGUAUCUGUACUGUACUUUACUUUACUAUUUAUAUUUUUGACUACUUUUACUUUUACUUCACUACAUUCCUGAAGAAAAUUAUGUACUUUUUACUCCAUACAUUUUCCCUGACACCCAAAAGUACUUGUUACAUUUUGAAUGCUUAGCAGGACAGGAAAAUGGUCCAAUUCACGCACUUAUCAAGAGACCAUCAUUGGUCUACCCUACUGCGUCUGAUCUGGCGGACUCACGAAACAGAAAUGCUUCGUUUGUAAAUUAUGUCUGAGUGUUGGAGUGUGCCCCUGGCUAUCCGUAAAAAAAGAAAAAAGAAGUGUGCCGUCUGGUUUGCUUAUUAUAAGCAAUUUGCAAUGAUUUAUACUUCUACAUUUACUUUUGAUACUUAAGUAUAUUUAAAACCAAAUACUUUUACUCAAGUAGUAUUUUACUGGGUGACUUUUACUUUUACUUGAGUCAUUUUCUAUUAAGGUAUCUUUACUUUUACUCAAGUAUGACAAUUGGGUACUUUUUCCACCACUGCAGAGAACCAAUACAAGAAGAUACCAUCCCAACUCCACAUGGGGGGAAUUGAGUCUACUUGCCCAUUACCUGCACUAGACCUGGAAAAAUACUGAGUAUGGUAGCUGACUCUCUGGCCACUCCUAUCUGUCAUACUGUAUCUUUAAUCUGAGUCUAGAGGAAGGUGUUUGUCCUCAGGCCUGGAGGGAAGACAAAGUCAUUCCGCUACCCAAAACUGGUAAAGCGGCCUAUACUGAUUAUAACAGCAGACCUAUCAGCUUGCUGCCUGCUCUUAGCAAACUGUUGGAAAAAAUUGUGUUUGACCAAAUACAAUGCUAUUUCUCUGUAAACAAAUUGACAACAGACUUUUAGCAUGCUUAUAGAGAAGGGCACUCAAUAUGUACCGCACUGACACAAAUGACUGAUGAUUGGUUGAAAGAAAUUGAUAAGAAGAUUGUGGGAGCUGUACUGUUAGAUUUCAAAGCAGCCUUUGAUAUUAUUGACUAUAACCUGUUGUUGAGAAAACUUAUGUUUUAUGGCUUUUCAACCUCUGCCAUAUCGUGGAUUUAGAGCUAUCAAUCUAAUAUAACUCAGAGGGUUUUCUUUCAUGGAAGUCUCUCUGUCAAACAUGUAGGGUUUGGUGUACCGCAGGGCAGCUCUCUAGGCCCUCUACUCUUUUCUAUUUUUACAAAUGACCUGCCACUGGCAUUAAACAAAGCCUGUGUGUUCAUGUAUGCUGAUGACUCAACCAUAUACCCCCCCCAUCAAUAUACAAACAUUACCGCAUGAACAAAAAUAACUUGUUUCAAAAAAUUCUAAAAAAUAAAUAACGGAAAAGUGGUGCAUGCAUAUGUACCCCCUUUGCUAUGAAGCCCCUAAAUAAGAUCUGGUGCAACCAAUUACCUUCAGAACGCAUAAUGACAAAGCAAAAACAGUUUUUUAUAUUUUUUUGCAAAUUUCUUACAAAUAAAAAACUGAAAUAUCUUUAUUGAAGCACCUUUGGCAGCGAUUACAGCCUCGAGUCUUCUUGUGUAUGACGCUACAAGCUUGGCCCACCUGUAUUUGGGGAGUUUUUCCCAUUCUUCUCUGCAGAUCCUCUCAAGCUCUGUCAGGUUGGAUGGGGAGCGUCGCCGCACAGCUAUUUUUAGCUCUCUCCGGAGAUAUUCGAUCGGGUUCAAGUCUGGGCUCUGGCUGGGCCACUCAAGGACAUUUAGAGACUUGUCCCAAAGCCAUGUGCUUAGGAUCGGUGUCCUGUUGGAAGGUGAACCUUCGCCUCAGUCUAAGUUCCUGAGUGCUCUGGAGCAGGUUUUCAUCAAGGAUAUCGCUGUACUUUGCUCAGUUCCCCUUUCCCUCGAUCCUGACUAGUCUCGCAGUCCCUGCCAGACGUGACGCUUAGCAUUCAGGCUAAAGAGUUCAAUCUUGUUUCUCAUGGUCUGAGAGUCUUUUAGGUGUCUUUUGGCAAACUCCAAGCGGGCUGUCAUGUGCCUUUUACUGAGGAGUGGCUUCCGUCGGGCCACUCUACCAUAAAGGCCUGAUUUGGUGGAGUGCUGCAGAGAUGGUUGUCCUUCUGGAAGGUUCUCCCAUCUCCACAGAAGGAACUCUGGAGCUCUGUCAAAGUGACCAUCAGGUUCUUGGUAAAUUCCCUGACCAAGGCCCUUCUCCCCCGAUUGCUCAGUUUAGCUGGGUGGUCAGCUCUAGGAAGAGUCUUGGUGGAUCCAAACUUCUUCCAUUUAAGAAUGAUGGAGGCCACUGUGUUCUUGGGGACCUUCAAUGCUGCAGAAAUGUUUUGGUACACUUCCCCAGAUCUGUGCCUCGACACAAUCCUGUCUCUGAGCUCUACGGACAAUUCCUUCGACCUCAUGGCUUGGUUUUUGCUCUGACAUGCUCUGUCAAAUGUGGGACCUUAUAUAGACAGGUGUGUGCCUUUCCAAAUCAUGUCCAAUCAAUUGAAUUUACCACAGGUGGACUCCAAUCAAGUUGUAGAAACAUGUCAAGGAUGAUCAAUGGAAACAGGAUGCACCUGAGCUCAAUUUCGAGUCUCAUAGCAAAGGGUCUGAAUAUUAUGUAAAUAAGGUUUUUCUGUUUUUUAUUUUUAAUACAUUUGCAAAGAUUUCUAAACCUGUUUUUGCUUCGUCAUUAUGGGGUAUUGUGUGUAGAUUGAUGAGGGGGGGAAAAUAAUUUAAUACUGUCGUGGAAAUUCUUACACAGGGACACUCGAAGUAAAUCUUAAAUGAAUCAUUGUUUAUUGUCAGCGCUGGAGAGGUGACCAACAAACUUGACACACCAUAGUGAACUUCUGUUAGGAGCUCUAAUGGGGCAGUCCCGUUAGUUCCCUUAUAUACUGACAAGUUAUAUUUGCAUGAUUUAGCUUAUUCAUCAUUCAUAAUUAAUGUUUGCUUCAUUCAUGUGACGACCAAUACUGGGUCAGGCAUGUGACAGACCAAUACCUCACGAGGUUUCUUCUCUCUAAGCUGAGACCUUGAAACUGAGAUAUCCCUUUCUCUAAACAAGGUUGUGGGCAUACUGCCAAAUUGCAGAUACUGAUAGUGAGGAUUCGUUCAAUCAGUCACUUGCAUGAACACAGAAAUUGGUUUAUAGAAAUGCACAAACAUAGAACAUAGAAAUUGGUAAAUAGAAAAGCACAAACAUAAAACGUUCCAUCACAAUACAUUUUAGAAUAAGUAAAAAAAAUGUGGAAAAAAUCAAGGGGUCUGAAUACUUUCCGAAUGCACUUUAUGCCAAUAAUAAAGAGACAUCCUGCUUUUUUGACACAACACUCCAAAAAGUCCUGCAGGCUCUAGUUUAGAUGUAUCUUGAUUAUUGUACUGACAUGUGGUCAAGUGCUGCAAAGAAAGACCUAGUUAAGCUGCAGCUGGCCCAGAACAGAGUGGCACGUCUUGCUCUUCAUUGUAAUCAGAGGGCUAAUAUAAAUACUAUGAAUGCCAGUCUAUCUUGGCUAAGAGUUGAGGAGAGACUGACUGCAUCUCUUCUUAUUUUUAUAAGAAACAUUAAUGUGUUGAAAAUUCCAAACUUAAACACAGCUCUGACAUACACACUUACCCCACCAGGGGUCUUUUCACAGUCCCCAAGUCCAGAACAAAUUCAACAUUAUUGCAUGGAACUCCUUCCAUCUCAUAUUGCUCAAAUGAACAGCAGGCCUGGUUAAAAAAACAGAUAAAACAACAUCUCAUGGCACAACGCCUCUCCCAUAUUUGACCUACAUAUUUUGUGUGUAUGUGUUGAUAUGUAGGCUGUGUGCCAUUUUUUUAUUGAUGUAGGUCUGUCCUUGAGCUGUUCUUGUUAAUCAAUGUUCUGUAUUAUGUCAUGUUUUGUGUGGACCCCAGAAGGAGUAGCUUCUGCUUUCGCAACAGCUAAUGGGGAUCCUAAUAAAAUACCAAAGAACACCUGUACUGUACUUGCUGCCCUAACUUUGGCCUCUUUCUGUGUGGACUAUGGGGUAAACUAAAUUAACCUCCUGUUUCAUCACUGGUUUUAGCAUUGCUAUGUCUCUAUGGAGAAUUGAGAUAUUAUACACAAAGGAUCGUAUGGGAUAAUAACAAAUAACAGUGGGUACAAGUAUAAGACAGACAUUUGUGGUGGAGAACCAUGGUCAGACUGCCAGCCAGGUUUAGAUGGGUUUAACGCAGUAUAACAAGUUUAAUAGAGCACAAUAUUCUGAUCCUAAAACGAGACAGAUUUAGUCUCCGAAAUCUUCCCGGAGUCCUCACACAGUGCCAGGAAAUUAGAGGGGAGAAUUUGCGUUAUGUUUUGAUUGUCUGUGUGUUUCCUAGAUACUGGUUAACGCACUUUCAGAAGCAGUCAUAGCCCUGAAGUGGAAACUUCAUUAUAUGCCUGGUUGGUCUCACUGCAUUCUGGAGCGUCUAUCACACACUGACCAUCUGAACCCUAUGACCCAGCGCUGACUUCUAUCUGACCUUGUUCAUUACAGUAACCGUUAUUAUAGAAUGUCAUUUUGGUCUAUUUGCUUUAGUGUAUUGUAUCUGUCUCUUUUUCUCUCUCUUUCACCCUCUCUCUCUCCUCUGCACAGACGGAGUCUAAAAGAAGGAAGUGAAACUCAGCCAAUCAGAGACUGUUCCUCAACAUUCUACUGCACUUUCAGAAGUGAAGCAAGGCCCACCUCAAGAGGGCACAGAAUACAAUCUGUCAUGACCAACAUCACAGGGUCCCAGAGAAACUGAAUCCAUCAACACAAGAUCUUUUGUUUAGUCACAAUGGCUCGUAUUCACGAGUUUGAAGUGUUUCAGAGUAGGAGUGCUGAUAUGCGAUCAGAUUUCCCUUUUAGAUCAUAAUGAAUAAGAUUAUAUUGACUGAGGAGACCUGAUCCUAGAUCUGCAC